GGUGGCUUGUGUAGUUUUGUGAGGUGUGUUAGCUCAUAUGGGCUAAUUUGUGUGCUUUCAUAUGUCUUUAGUUCUGCUGUUCAGUGUACGCCAAUAGCCGAUGACUAGAAUGUGAGCGAAACGAAAAGUACGGCAAUUUUCGUAUAAAUAAAGGCAAGAAGUUAAAAGCGUAUAUGAUCUCGAUGCAGUGAAUAUUAUACGUAUUCUGAACUGUCGCAGGCCCGUAAAAGACAUUUUAGACGUCAGUCUACUUGAGUAUGAUGCAUUAGCGAAGUAAUUGUGCUUCCUACCGAAAAGUGUACAGUGCACUUUAAAUUCCAGAUUGUAAGCUUGCUGGACAAUUUGUGUUUAUUAUUUUUUCCUGUGUGCUAGUCAGGUAUUCAAGAGUGAUUUGCCUCAGUGAACUUUCCAGUUUGAAAUAAAUUUUCAUUUUGUGACAUUGGAUGUAAUUGCCAAGUUACAGUAAUGCUGUUGUGAAAGAUAGCUGUGCAGCAUCUAUUAUGUUUAACACUGCCACAAAUUUUUAUUGAGAAACCAAAGGCAGAUCAACAAAUCCGUCAAGCUGGCGAACACAAUGCCUACCAGCGUGCAGCUGACUGUUCCAUCAUACAGUAACAGUGUAAUAGCAAAUGGAGGAGGUUCCCCACCUCCUCCACCACAGCAGCCUUCAAGACCAAAGUCCUCUCAGCCACAGGCGCCGCAGGCGCAGGCGCAGCAGCCACAGUAUCAGCGCCUAAAAGUUGAGGAUGCUUUGUCUUAUCUUGAUCAGGUUAAAUAUAAGUUUGGAAGUCAGCCUCAGGUUUAUAAUGAAUUCCUUGACAUAAUGAAGGAAUUUAAAUCCCAGAGCAUCGAUACUCCGGGAGUUAUACAAAGAGUCUCUAAUCUCUUCAAAGGGCAUCCUGAACUGAUUGUUGGAUUUAAUACCUUUUUGCCACCUGGAUACAAAAUUGAAGUUCAACCAAACAACCAGGGCUAUACGUUCCAGGUGUCUGUAUCAAUGCCAAGUUCAGUAAUUGGUGUUCCAGCUACUGCUGUGGUUCCAUCUGGUAGGCCUUCUUCCCCAACCAAUACUCCAGUGCCACCCCCAAGUUUCUCUACUGUUCCUGCACCUGCAGUGGCAGCCACCAGUUCUGUUGCUCCCAAGACACCACCACAGCAGCAGUUACAGCAGUCACCUGCACACAGUAUUUCUCCAUUGCCAGAUGCGCAGUCUGCUCAGAGUCAGCCAGUAGAAUUUGGACAUGCUAUCAACUAUGUCAACAAAAUAAAAAAGAGAUUCAUCAGUCAGCCAGAGAAGUAUAAAAGAUUCUUGGAGAUUUUACACACUUACCAGAAAGAACAGAAGAAUGUAAAAGAUGGACAGGGUCAUCCUACAAGACAUCUUACAGAAGCAGAAGUGUAUGCACAGGUUGCUAGGCUUUUUCAGAAUCAAGAAGAUCUUUUAGCUGAAUUUGGCCAGUUCUUACCUGAUGCGACAAGCCAUCACUCGACUGUAUGUGAUAGACUUGCCUCUGCCCAAACCAGUAAUGCUGGUAGCAACAACAAAGUGAACACAGGUGAAACUGUCACACCAUUGAAGAAGAACAGUGGUUCUGGGAAACCUGCCCAUGACAGUUCAGUCACGCGAGAUUCACACGAGACACCUGUCGUUACAGAGCACAGGAGUAGUACCGCAAGCAUUAGUCAUGUCAAGUCAACACCCAUGCUGUCACCACGUGCAGGAAGUCCACCUCCCAAGAGACACAAGACAGCAUGUUUGAGAGAUGUGUCAAUUGCAGAAGCUGCAAAAUAUGGAAACCUUACAGAUUAUGCCUUUUUUGAUAAAGUGAGGAAAGCUUUAAAAAACCAAGAAGUAUAUGAAAAUUUUUUAAGGUGUCUUAUAUUGUUUAAUGAAGAGAUCGUUUCUCGUUCAGAAUUGGUGCAGCUGGUAACGCCUUUCUUGGGGAAAUUUCCAGAACUGUUCCGUUGGUUCAAAGAUUUUGUAGGAGUCACAAAAAAUUCAGCAGCAGGUAAUGGCUCUGGCAGCAGUUCAGCUACUGUUGAAUCUAUUCCAAGUAAUGUUGUCCGACAAGACAGACCUGCAGGUGACCUGGCAAUGGAAAUAGACUACACAGCAUGCAAAAGAUUGGGUGCGAGCUACUGUGCUCUUCCAAAAAAUUAUAUACAACCAAAAUGCUCAGGUCGAACUGCUUUGUGCAAGGAAGUUUUAAAUGAUACUUGGGUGUCUUUUCCAAACUGGUCAGAAGAUUCAACAUUUGUUACCUCUAGAAAAACACAGUUUGAGAAAUAUAUAUAUCGAUGUGAAGAUGAAAGGUUUGAACUUGAUGUGGUUAUAGAAACAAAUGCUGCCACUAUACGGGUGCUACAAGGAGUGAACAAGAAACUGUCACGAAUGUCACCUGAGGAAGCAGCUAAGUUCCAUUUGGAUGACUGCCUUGGUGGAUUUUCACCCACAAUUCAUCAGAGGGCCAUCAGACGAAUUUAUGGAGACAAAGCAGAUGAUGUGAUAGAUGGUCUGAAGAAAAAUCCUACAGUGGCAGUGCCAGUUGUUCUUCGUAGGCUUAAAGCAAAGGAAGAAGAAUGGAGAGAAGCACAGAAAGGCUUUAACAAAAUAUGGAGAGAACAGAAUGAAAAGUACUACCUAAAAUCUCUUGAUCAUCAAGGGAUUAAUUUCAAACAAAAUGAUUUGAAAGUGCUGCGCUCCAAAAGCUUAUUUAAUGAAAUAGAAACCAUCUAUGAAGAAAGACAUGACCAAGCUGAUGAAGGUACUGGGGAAGUAGCAACAGGCCCUCAUCUUAUAUUGCAGUAUAAAGACAAAAGUAUGCUAGAUGAUGCUGCUAAUCUGUUGAUUCAUCAUGUCAAAAGGCAAACUGGCAUCCAAUCAGAAGACAAACAGCGUGUGAAGCAACUUCUGCGUCAGCUUCUACCUGAUAUGUUCUUCCAUCCUCGCCAAGAGCCCAGUGAUGAUGAGCAGGAAGAUGAUGAUGAUGAUGACCGAUGUAAGCCAAAUGGUGACAAACCAUCAAGCAGAAAGAAAAAUAAAAUGAAAGGUUUCCUUCAUGCACCAACAGGACCAUCUGAUGAAGCAUACACUCUCUUUUUUGCCAAUGGCAACUGGUAUCUUUUUUUGAGACUUCAUCACAUACUGUGUGAACGUCUCACUAAAAUAUAUGAUCAGGCAGUCAUUUUGGCAGCAGAGGAAGCCAAGGAGCGACAAGAUCGGAAAGAGUCAACAGCUGUAACAUUGCGUCUCAAACCUAAAAGUGAAAUUGAUGUUGAGGAUUAUUAUCCAACUUUUCUGGACAUGGUAAAGAAUGUGUUGGAUGGCAACAUGGACAGUAAUGCGUAUGAGGACACUUUGAGAGAGAUGUUUGGCAUCCAUGCGUACAUAGCUUUUACAUUAGAUAAAGUUGUAACUUAUGCAGUUAGACAGCUGCAGCAUAUUGUAUCUGAUUCCACUUGUCAGAAAUGUAUUGAACUUCUUCGAAAUGAAGCCAAACGUGAUGGGGCUGGUGGACCCUGCCAUACAGCUGCUCAGAGGGCAGCAGCAGAACAAAUGUAUCAAAGACGUGCAGAAAGAUUGAUGGGUGAUGAGGUGUGCUACAAAGUGCUUAUUUAUAGACGUGACUGCCGAAUGACAAUUGAGCUUCUUGACAAUGAUACAGAAGAACCAGAUCCACCUGCAGAAGUAGAAAAAUGGUCAGCAUAUAUUGAGCGAUUUACCAAUCCUGGUGGCACUGCAGACCAGAUACUGGAUGCCACAUCGAGAGUGAGAUCAAGAAAACCUGUGUUCCUGGCUAGGAAUGUACGCUUGUGGAGACAGCAUUCAGGUAGCUUGGCUGAGAAAAAUAGGGAUAAGGUUCAUGAAAAAUCAAGUCCGGAUGGAGAAGUAGAAACCACUAAAAGUGAUAGGGGAAAUGCCAAAGAUGGAAAGGGUAAAAUAAAACCAAAUAGUUCAGAUGAUGAAAAGAGCCCAUCUGCUGGAGGCUCAAGAGAGAAAGUCCAUUAUGCAGAUAACAGUGGGGAAAUUGUUGGUGGUGAUGGUAUGCAAUGUCGGUUUAAUAUUAAUCAGUACAGGAUGGUGUUUGUUGUAAAUAAAGAAAAUUAUUUAUACAAACGACAGGCUUUGCGCAAGGCUCGUACCUCCCAUCAAGCUGUUUCACUUCAUUUGAGUGAGAAGUUUCAGAAAUGGCUUAACAAUUGGGUUGAAAAAAAUGUGACAGAUCAGCAACAUGCAGCUUGUAAGGACUGGUUACUGGGUCGUGGUGAAGAUGUAGUGUCUAACCAAACUCGCGUUCUGUCUAAUAAUAAUUUGAACAUGACACCUUAUCACCCUUAUAAUCGGUAUCGUGUGGAAUAUUUGGAAACAUCGGAUAAGAAGUGAAUACACAAAUGUUCUGUUGUUUACAUGUAAGAAAGAGGGCACAAGAUACACUCAGUCCAUUUAUUUAAUGGAAGUAUCUAAUUUCAUAUUAUUGUACAAAGUUCCCUUGAGUGCAGCAAAUGCAGCUAUACAACUUCGAAACCUUAUACAGGUGACAGAAAGCUUUUUGAGAACAGUUCUUCCUAAACUCUUGUCAGUUUUCAUAACAUUUACAGUAACAUACUUUAUGGUCCGAUUUAAUAUGUGGCACUGUAUAAUUUCAAACAAUGCCAUUAGGUUUUUCCUUUAAAGGACACUCUGGGUUCUUCAUUCUACAAACAUUCAGUUUUUAAUCAGAAAACCCCUGAUUUUAUAGUAGUAAAUAAUGAGCAAGUACUGCUGUUGGUGCCAGUGAUUUAUUAUACAUGUCAGAGACACUGUUUAGGUCGUAAUUACUGAAAUGUGUAUUGCUUUACACAUGCUGUUUAUUUGAAAGUGAAUGGACAGUGAAGCUAGCAAUAAAUAUUCUCGAAAACCCACAUGUAGUAGCAUUUGUCCAUGUACAUGUAAAAUGCUGUUUUCUAGGGGUACUUUGAAUAUAUAUGUGUGAAUAUAUAUGUGUUUUUUACUUCAGUUGUUAUGUUAUUGGACUUUGCUUUCAAAUUAGUCAGUAAAUAUGCUAAGCAAUGUCCUCAAGCAAAGUGUAAGAAUAGUUUGCUUUCACAUUGAAUCAUGGUCAUGCAUGUUUCUUGAAAGUAGUUAAAAAAUUGUUGAGGACAGUGUUAAUGCCUGCCUGUUGUAUUCCCAUUUUUUGUCUAUCUCUCAUUGAUCAUUUCUCAGACUGUGUACUUGUAACUUUUCAUUUUAUCCUUCAGAGCCUAAUACUGGAAUAAUUUUUAUAGGCUAUACUGGAAUCAUUUGUCACAUAAAUUCAUUCAUUAUCAUAUUGCUGCAGUUUUGUUCGACAUUCUUAAAUCCUCUUAGGGAGGUCGAUGUAGCAGAUUGAAACAUAUUUUCCAUCAUACAAUCAGCAUGUUUUAACUGUAGUGGACCAUAUAUGGAAGGGAACAAUUAAAUACACUCGUGGAGGAACACUUGGGUAAACAGUGCACCUCACUACAAAAUAAUGAUGCGAUUGGAUAAUGGUGAUACUCGUAUAUCCACACAAUUCUUCAUUAAAUAGUUUUAUCAAAUGCUAGAAGGCUUUUGAGUUAAUACCUUGUAAAUAAAAUUGUAUAAAGUUGUAGAAAACUAACAUUGUAUUAUUUCAAAUAAAAUGUUUACACUUGAUGAAAUGAAGUUUGUCUCACAUUGCAGUUUGGUUCUUGCAAGUUGAAAAGGGGAAAGUUAUUAGUUUACUGUUAAGACUUUGAAAAUUAGUAUUGACUAAGACAGUGUUUUAUAUUGCUUUACACUAUUUAUUUUACCUGUCCGGUGUUAGCAUACAGGGCAUUUGCAGUUUUUGGGGUAGGAAGAAAUCCUUCUUAGACAUAGAGAAAUUCUUCAUUGAAUGACAUAACUGAAGUCUUGAUUUGUAAAUGAUUAAGUUGUUCUGUCCACAUUUAUAUGUUGUGUAUAUGUAGCUACAGAUGAACACGUAUCAUUGUACAUAUCAUAUCGCGCGUGUGCGUGUGCGUGUGCGUGUGUGUGUGUGUGUGUGUGUGACUACUGUACAUGUCAGAAGUAGAAUAUACAACAGCAAUCACUUAGUAUAAGACUAUAAUGGAUAUGUGUUAGUUUCUUAGUAAUGUUUGCACUUAUUUUACUUCUUUUGUGUUCUUGUGCAAGUAAAUAACAGUAGACUGUAUUACUGAAUUUUGUGGAUGUAUUUAGUGUCAUUGUUUGUUCUUACUCCUGCUGGUUAAAUGUUUUAGGGCAUUUUGUUUACUGCUUCCAUUAUUUGAGUACCUGAAAAAUGAAUCUAAAAAGAAGUAUCAAUGUAAUGUAGUUGAAAUGGCGUGUGUCUUUUAUCUGUUUUGUAACUGUACAGUUUCUUUCAGAUUUUAUGAUCACAGAUAUAAUGUGUAUCUAAGAAAGCACUUCAGUAGUUUACUGACAGAAACAAGACUGUUAAUGGGUUUUGACAACUACUUUGUAGCAGGUCUUAUUUUUUGUGAUGUCAUGUAGUUUGUUGUGAUUUUGAAGACAUUGUGGUGAAUGCAAUUAAAUGUGACGCAUAGUUACAUAAAGCCAAAUCUUUAUGUCAGUAUUUUUCCAUUGUAAUUUGUGUAAGUAUGACAAUUUGUGGCCAUAAGUUAAAUUAGUUGCAUCCUUUUGUAAUCUGGUCAUAAAUAUUUUGAAUUUUGUCCAUUUUUGCAUUACUGUCACCUAUUAAAGGUACAAGUAGCAUAUGUGUAGGAACAGCUGUGGCUUAUUUUAUUUAAAGUUGAACAUAGAGAUCUUUUGUUUACACAUAGUCUUCACAUAUUAGAUGUAGUUUAUUAGAACCAAACAAAUUAUAGAUUCAGUUCUUAUUACAUUGUUCAAGGCUUUGAUCAGUUGUAGCAUGUUUGCUUAAAUCUUGCCAUUGCAAUGUAUACUUUCAGAUAUAUUAGAAAUUCUGUGGUACUGUCUCCUCUGUUUUUUCUUUGAAAUGUUGUUGGCUCUCUGUCUGAUGUACAAAUUAAAUUUAGUGCAGAGUAAUAUAUUCCCCUUGAACAAGAGUUGCUGUAGUAAGAUGAUGUUUCAAAAUAUGAAUUUAGGGAACUCUCUAAACAAAACUUGUUGCUGCUGAUGAUUUUUAAGUGCAUUCUGUUUAGCCUUAUCUGUAAAUGUGAUGUAGGUGUUUUAUUAAAAAUGUGUAGUAUUUUAAGGUACUGAGAGGUUUGCAAAUUUAUAAUUACUGUGCUGUUCACUCAAAAUGUUUUGAUUCUGCAUAGUUUCCAGGCAUGUAAGUUUUCAUAAAUGCUAAUAUGUUGUUAGAAUGUAACUGGACAGAGAGAAAAUCCACUCAUCAAGCUGUGGCAGGAGAAUACACGUAUAAAUGUAUUUAAUUUAAACUUUCAUAUGUAAGUUCCCUUGCUGGCACUUGCUGAGUUGGUUUUUAUCUAUCCAAUUACAUUAUAUUUAUAAAAAUUUGUUAUUUUUUCUAAUGUGUUGUUAUUGUAAACAUAAUACACAGUUACUUCAAAAGAUAUUUUUUUUAUGGUUGAAUAAAGAUUGUGUAAAUUAUGAUGCAUACUUUGAGAGAAAAAACAUACAGAACUCUCUUAACAUUAUUUUGGUUUCUGUUUAACAGUUUUUUUGCUCUGUUUCUAAGUCUUACAUUCAAGCUUAUUUUUAACAUGUUACUAGCUUCUGCAGUAGGUUUAAAACUUAAAAUUGUAAAUGUGUGUUAUAAAGGAUCUGCUCAUAGAUGCAAAAAAAAAAUUUCUCUUUUCUGAUUCUUUAAAAUGCCUGUAUAUAGGUGAAACUAUUCGUAUAAAUUCUUAUCCUUACUCUUACAAUUUAUGCUCUUUGUGCGAAUUUUUACUGUCUACAUACUUGUAUUUUUUUAUUGUAACAGUUAGUUAGUGUAGGUUGAAUAAUACCCAAAUUAUAUUGCAAAUUAUGUACCAAAUAUAUAUCUGAAAUUAA